AGAUGAUUUUGUCGGUUGUUAUAAUCGAUAAUUAUCCGAUAAUGUAAUUUAAUUUAUUAUUGUCAAAUUACGUCGACAACGAAGAAGAAUCAAUUUGAAUCAAAUAAAAUAUUCUUCGUUUUCGAAUCGACAAAAAUUUCUAUAUUGUUCAAUCAUCAUUCAUCAACAUUAUCAUUAUGAAUUUGGCACCAAAUCAUUAUUCCAAUAUUAUCUAUUUAAAUGGACAUAAAAAUCCAUUUGAUCGACAAUUUGAAUUGGCAUUAAAAAAUCGUAUCGAUCAAUCACCAUCGACAACAACAUUGUCAGAUGGAAAUAGUAAUAAUCAAUUAUCGAUUUGUUGUUCAUCACCAUUGAAUACACCAUUAAUACAACCGGAUACAGCAUUGAAUCCAACAAUUGGUUCUGAUAUUGUUAAUGUUGGUGAUCCAAUUUCAUCUACAGCUAUUACAACAGCACAAAUAACAACAUUAAUAUUGGAAAGUGAAAUUAAUGAUGAUAAUAAUUCUGUUGUUGUUGAUAAUAAUAAUAAUAAUAAUAAUAAUAAUAAUGAUCAUCAAAAUUGUAAAGAAACAUCAUUAUCAAAUUGUUGCCAUACGAUUAAUGAUAAUAUCGAUUCAAAUAAUAAUAAACAUCGAUCAAAUGCUGUAUCGGUCAUUUGUCCACCACCAUCAUCUAAAGAUGGUUUUCAAUGUAAAAUCCGAUCAGCACCAGUGAUACUUGAAAGUGCCAAUAAUAAUAAUAAUAAUGAUGAUGAUGAUUGUUCGAAUGGAAUAUCAAAUCAUCAAGAUGAUGAUUCAAUACAGAAUCCAACGAUUCGAAAACGUAAACGAACAUCAACAAUUGUUGAAGAAAAUGUUGAUUAUCCUGCCGCCAAAAUUUCAACAACAACUUCGACCACGAAAAUCAUACCUCAUCAUCAUGAUCAUAUUACGGAAAAACAAUUAUUACCUCCACCAUCUACCUUACCUUUACCGCCUUCGCAAUCAAUUCAAUCAUUAACAGACAUAAAUUCUAAUUUAAAUCUAAUUGAUUUUCAUUCUCAAUCUUCAAAUAAUAAUCGAAUGUUGACCAAUACUGAUGAUAAUUUUAAUUUUAUUAAUACAACAUUUUCAUCAUCAUCAAUUUUACCACAAUCAUCAUAUGAUAAUUUAUGUUCAACAACAACAACAAAUUAUGUAAAAAUUUUACCAAAACAUUCAAUUGAUCCAUCCAUUGAUUCAAAUUCGAAUAGUAAUAGUUGUAGUUUAUCACCAUCAUCAUCAACACAAUCAAGCGGAAAUAGUAUAGAAUUAAUUCAUUCAAAACUUUCUAAUCGUCUUCCAUCAUCAUCAUCAUCAUCACGUAGAAAAGAAAAAACAAUGGAUGAAUUAAUUAAUAAAAUUAAAGCAACUGAAGCUGCAUUACCACCACGUGCAAAACCUGGCCGUAAAAGUAAAUCGGCUACUGAAGAAGAUUCAAAAGAAAAAAAACGUUUAUCACUUGAACGUAAUCGUGCUGCUGCAAUGCGUUGUCGUUUGAAAAAGAAAAAAGAAAUUGAUGAAUUGAAAAAUCGUGUCAGUAAAUAUGAACAACAAAAUCAACAAUUAAAAAAAAUUAUCGAUAAAUUAUGCAAGGAAGUUACCUAUCUGAAAAAUGAAUUAUUACAGCACAAAGAUUGUAAUUGAUCAUCAUUAUUCAUUAUAUAAUUUGUUUUGAUUGUUUUGUUUCGCGUUCAAAUCGCUUUGCUUCGACCAAUU